AUGGCCGAAAAAGCUCACCAUCUGCACGAUGAAAUUGCCGAUGAGAAUAUCGUUAGGAGCAAGACUUCCAAAUCAGGCAUUGUCUUGCGMCCCCAGCCGUCAAACGACCCAAACGAUCCGCUGAAUUGGCCGCAAUGGGAGAAGUACACGACAUACGUCGUUCUCUGUUGGUUUACGUUUCUCUCCUUCAUGAACUCUUCGGCCUUCACUGUUGCAGUUGUGGACAUCGUGAAAGAAUUUCACAAGACUUCCACAGAGGCAAGUUAUUUGACGUCUCUGCAGGUGCUUGCAAUGGGCUUCGGCGCUUUAUUUUGGAUGGCCAUGACGAGAAAGAUCGGUAAACGGCCUGUAUAUCUAGUUUCUAUCCUUUUCCUCUGCGUCACAAACAUAUGGAGCUACUUUGCAAAAUCAUACGGCAAUCUCCUUGCGUCGCGAGUCGUCGGCGGCUUCCUCACAGCAGCUUCCGAUGCGCCGGUCCCCAGCGUGGCCGCCGAUCUUUUCUAUUUCCAUGAGCGUGGCCAUGCAUUGAUGAUAUUCAACAUUGCUAUUUCAGCAGGCGCCUUCUUUGGUCCCUUCAUAAACGCCUAUAUCACUCAAUAUCUGGGGUGGGCCUGGAUGUGCGGUGUUAUGGCAAUCGCAUCGGGUGUGACAUUUAUCGUGGCGAUUGCCCUUAUCAAGGAGACAGCAUAUAUUCUUCCAAACGGCGUACGAGAUCUCGACCGGUCUGCAGAGACAUAUCCACCGAAGAGAAGUUGGGCUGCAUCCAUGUCCUUGACCGGGGGAGUCGACCCAGAGGCUUCCUUUUUCAGAUGGGUGUUUGAAUCUGUACAGCUCAUGGCAUAUCCACCUAUCUGGGUUAGCGGACUCACAGUUGGGGUGUUUAUCGGAUGUAAUAUUGCGCUUCAAUUGACCGCCUCUCAGACCUUCACGGCUCCGCCCUACUCAUGGGCGCUACAUAGUGUCGGCUUACUGUCACUGUCUGGUUUCACAGGCUCUGUGAUCAGUUUCUUCUUUGGUGGUUACCUCAUCGACUGGCUGGCGAUUCGAUCAAUCAAGCGUCACGAUGGGCAUGCAGAGCCUGAGUAUAGACUGCCAGCCAUGAUAAUCCCGGCUGUCAUUGGUCCUAUGGGACUGUUAACCUUCGGACUCGUUAUUGCGUAUGGGAAACCUUGGGCUGGUGCAGCUAUCGGGUAUGGCAUGCAAGGAUUUGGCGCGACAGCCGCUGCAAACAUUGCAGUCACAUAUGCUGUCGAUUCUUAUCGUCUAGUCGCCGGAGAAACGAUCGUGAUUAUAUUCAUUCUUCGGAAUGUGAUUGUCUGCCUCAUCUCAACUUAUAUCUCGAAGUGGUUUCAGAAUCAAGGCAAGAAAGAUGCCUUUGGAGAAUUGGUCGCUGUUGCCUAUAUUAUUUUGUCAUUCUCUUUAGUCAUGUACUUCGUCGGGUCUCGCAUUCGACGAUUUACCAUGACAUAUGGCCCUAUGGCCAAGCACAGACUGUACUGA